AUGAAAGGAUUAGUUGUGUAUGGAUUUAUCUUUAUUGCAAUUCAAUACUUUGGAUAUGUUGAUGGGGACCCUGCAGAAAAAUGUCCGAGUACAAACGGGAACGCUCUUCUUCCCGACGACACCGAUUGUCACUUCUUCUACCAAUGUAGUUGGGGAGUAGCUUAUCCCAUGGAAUGCUCCGGCGAUCUCAUUUUUGAUUACAAACUUCAAGUUUGCAACUACCCUGCACAAGCUGUCUGUUACAGCCAUAUCAAUACACCGGGUGGUAGUCAAAAACCAAGUAGUAGCGAAAGUCCUGCAAGUGGUGGAGAAACUGGUGAUUCUGGUGAAUCAUGGAACGAAGCUUGUACGAGCGAUAUUGUUCAAUACUAUUUUCCGGAUCCUAAAAAUUGCAAAGCUUUCUAUAUUUGUAACGCGGGAAUCUUACAUCACAUUGUUUGUCCGGAUGAUAAAGUUUAUAAUCCCGCGUACAGAAUUUGUGACUUUUCAAGAGGUAUUACAUGUUCUGAAACACCAGGUGCGGUUGAUCCUGAACCUGUUGAUCCUGGCAGUGGUGGUGAAGAUGGAGGUGAAGACGGUGGUGAAGACGGAGGUGAAGAUGGAAGUGGAAAUGGAGGUGAACACUCUGGGGAAUCAUGGCAAAGUUCAUGUACACUAGGCAGCAUUCAAAUUUAUUACCCAGACCCAGAAGAUUGCCAAGGUUUUUACAUGUGCGAAUUUGGUACAUUAAAGCACAUGUCAUGUCCUGUAGGAACCCUCUAUAAUGCGGCAUUAUUAAUUUGUGAUUAUCCUGGAAAUGUAAGAUGUUCACAACAGCCUGAAGUUGUUAAUCCAGAACCAGUUAACCCCGGAGAUGGAGGAAGUGGAGAUGGUGGUAGUGGAGAUGGUGGUAGUGGAGAUGGUGGUAGUGGAGAUGGUGGUAGUGGAGAUGGUGAAAAUACAGGAGAAGAUGGUGGAAAUUCAGGAGAAGAUGGUGGAAAUACAGGAGGAAAUGGUGUUGGAGAAUCAUGGUCGGAACCUUGUAGCUUAAAUAACAAACAAAUGUAUUUUCCCGAUUCAGAAAACUGUCAAGGAUUCUACAUUUGUGAAUUCGGAACGUUGCAACACAUGAUGUGUCCACCAGGAACGCUGUAUAAUGCUCCUAUAUUAACAUGUGAUUUUCCAGGAAAUGUGAGAUGCUCAGAAUCCCCCAUAGGUAUCGAUCCGGAACAAGUUAAUUGAAAGAAA